UCCAAAGAAGAAGAAGAGGAGGAAGAAGAGGGAGCAGCAGCUGCAGAAGAAGAACCUCGUGUAUCAUCCCCGUCUCCCACACCUGUUUACGUGACGCCGGGUCCCGGGACCGGACCAGCACCACCACCACCAGCAGCAGCACCAGCACCAGCGUCUUCCCCUGAGAGAGUAAUGGCGGAGGAGCUCUCCGCCUCUGGUUCUGGGAGUGCGGGUGUGAAGCUGUCCUCGCUGCUGGAGCAGGGCUGGAGGAUCGUGGAGGAGGUGGAGGCCGGUACCAGCUGCAGCAGCAGCUCGGAGCAGCAGGCCCGGGUGCUCCGGGGCCUCUCCCUGCUGCAGGAAGCCUCCACUCAGGUGACGCAGCUGCAGCUGUUCAGCAGCAACGAGGACCUGGAGGAGCUGAGCACCGCAGACCUGCGGUACCUGCUGCUGCCCGCCCUGCUGGCCCGGCUGCAGCAGAGCCGGACCCGCCCCCACACCCGCCUGGACGCCCUCACCCAGGCCCGACACCACUUCCGGGACUUCCUGCAGCGUUGCCAUGACUACAAGGUCUCCCACUUCCACCUGCCGGAGGACAGACCCGAGGACACACCUGAGGACAGACAGUCGGUUCCUCCAGGUCCUCCCAACCUCGUCGCCAUGGCAGCAAAGAGACAAGCCAAGAUUGAGCGGUACCGUCAGAGGAAGGAGCUGGAGGCCAAGCUGGUGGACGUGCGCAGAGUUGUGGAGAGCGGUCAGGCCGACGAUGAGGUCAGCAGGGACUUCUACCUCCUGAACAUCCGCCGGUGGAUUACAGUGAGUCUGGAGGAGCUGGAGAGCAUCGACCAGGAGAUAGAGAUAGUUCGGAACAUGGAUGUCCUGAAACAGGCCGAUGCCCAGCGGCCAGCCCAGCCUGCCAGACCUCCCAUGAAGCCCUUCAUCCUCACCAAGGACGCCGUCCAGGCCCGGGUGUUCGGGGCCGGCUACCCCAGCCUCCCCUCCAUGACUGUGGACGACUGGUACGAGCAGCACAGGAAACACGGCAGCCUUCCAGACCAGGGCGUACCACGCAGGGUCGCUGUGGAGGAGGGGGAGGAGCCGGAGGAGGGGGAGGAGGAAGACAGGAAGGCUGACAACGAUGACGAGGAGGCUCUGAGGAAGGCUAGGGACUGGGACGACUGGAAGGAUUCUCACCGCAGGGGCUACGGAAACCGCCACAACAUGGGCUAACCCCCGACACAACAUGGGCUAACCCCCGACACAACAUGGGCUAACCCCCAACACACCACGGUGCCGUGAUCCUCCGGGGGUCUAACACACCGGCAUCACUUUAACUCUUUCAUGUCAUAUUUGACUUUUGAUUUUUGAAGCUCUGUGGAGCCAGAACCGGGACACUUCCUGUAGAACUGUAGGAGGAACUCCCGGGGCAGGAAGUCCCUUUCCCUUAAAUAAUUGAUGAGGUUGGAUCAACACCCAGGAGUCAGAGGUGGAAGAAACCCCACCGUGGUCAGAGUUCAUGACGGCAGCGCAGCGGAGAUGUUAGAUUAGACAAAGAUGUUCUGUUGGAGAGAUGGUGGGAACAGCAACUUGUAGGUCCAGUUUUCCAGUUUCAGGUGGAGCCAUCGUGGCUCUGGUGUGUGAUUCCACCUGGCAGGGAGGACUCGUGCUUACGGAGGGGUCAAGUUCUUCCUGAUGGAGAAACCUGACUCGUGUAGAACAAAGAGGACAGAAUGUGGUCCACCGUGGAGCAGAAAGAACCCCCCCAGACGGACGAGGAUGACGUGUCCUUGUUAGACAGAUACUUGUGCAGCAUCCAUGGAUGACCUGGAGGAGCAGGCAGGUGUACGGUGACCCCACCAUGCUGGAUCCUCUAGUCAUCCUGCACCCAUCGUGGAAGGGACAUCUGCUGAUGUCUUUCUGUAGUUACAUCGCCCAGGUGGGCGUGGCUUCAGUGUGGCCAUGCCACAGAGACAUGUAUCCGUAUCCUCCCCACCGAGCUGCUGUGAUACGUCAACGUUGCCGCCAUAUUGGAUGUUCAAGACUGCGCUGUAAACUAAUACAAGUAAAUGGACUUAUUUUCAUAAAGCGCCUUUCUACAAAGAAAUGUACGUUUACGUCUCAUUUA